UAUGAUGUCAACUCCAGAAGGAAUGUUCUUUGGAGAUGGUGGCCUUGAUUCCAGCCAGCUCCAGAUGGAACCAUAUGAGUUGGACACCUUGAAAGAAGGGGAAGACCCAGCUGACCGGAUGCAUCAUUUUUUAACCAUCUAUAACCUUCAACCCCUGAGGAAUCACCCCAGGAUUUUCGCCCCUGGAGUCCCGGUUAUUGCCCAAGUCAUAGGCACUGAAAGAUACACCAGUGGAUCCAAGGUGGGCACGUGCACACUUUACUCUGUCCGAGUAUCUCACGGUGAUUUCACAUGGACAACCAAGAAGAAAUUCCGAAAUUUCCAGGAGCUUCAUCGAGACCUGCUGAAAUACAAAGUUUUGAUGAGCUUGUUCCCUCUGGCCCGGUUUGCUGUUGCCUAUUCCCCUUCCCGAGAAGCUGCUACAAUAGCUGAAAUCCCCUCUUUGCCCAGAGUAGGAUCUGAAGGCUCCUCCAGACACAGGGCCAGCAAACAGAAAUACCUAGAGAAUUAUCUCAAUCAUCUCCUGGCCAUUUCAUUCUACCGCAACUAUCAUGCUAUGACAGAAUUUCUAGAAGUCAGUCCAUUCUCCUUCAUACCUGACCUUGGCCCUAAAGGAUUGGAAGGUAUGAUUCGAAAGCGCUCAGGGGGGCACCGAGUUCCUGGCUUUACCUGCUGCGGCAGAGACCAAGUCUGUUACCGAUGGAGCAAGAGGUGGUUGGUGGUGAAAGACUCCUUCCUUCUAUACAUGCGCCCAGAGACAGGCUCUAUUUCCUUUGUCCAGCUUUUUGACCCUGGAUUUGAGGUCCAAGUUGGGAAACAGAACACAGAAACUCGUUAUGGGGUCCGAAUUGACACUUCUCACAGGUCCCUGAUCCUCAAAUGCAGCAGUUAUCGGCAGGCUCGGUGGUGGGGUCAGGAAAUCACAGAACUAGCUCAAGGUCAGGGGUGUGACUUCUUACAAUUGCACAGACAUCAGAGCUAUGCCCCACUCAGGCCGGGGACCCUGGCCAGAUGGUUUGUAAAUGGGGCAGGUUACUUUGCAGCUGUGGCUGAUGCCAUCCUUCAGGCCCGGGAGGAGAUUUUCAUCGCAGAUUGGUGGUUGAGUCCUGAAAUUUAUCUGAAGCGUCCAGCCCAUUCUGAUGACUGGAGACUGGACAUUAUGCUCAAGAAGAAGGCAGAGGAGGGUGUGCGGAUUUCUGUGCUGCUGUUCAAGGAAGUAGAAUUGGCUCUGGGCAUCAACAGUGGCUAUAGCAAGAAGGCUCUGAUGCAAUUGCAUCCCAACAUCAAGGUGAUGCGUCACCCAGACCAUAUGACACUGUGGGCUCACCAUGAAAAGCUGCUAGUUGUGGACCAAGCAGUGGCCUUCAUGGGAGGGCUUGACCUUGCAUUUGGCCGAUGGGAUGAUCUGCACUAUCGGAUUACUGAUCUGGAGAGCUAUACUGGAACAACUACCCCACAGCUGCCCACCCCAAACUCAAGCCUUCCCGUUGCCCCUGACCUCUCCCACAACCAACUGUUCUGGCUGGGCAAGGAUUACAGCAAUUUGAUCACCAAGGAUUGGGUACAACUGGACCGGCCCUUCGAGGAUUUCAUUGACAGGGAGAUGAUGCCCCGAAUGCCCUGGAGGGAUGUGGGGGUCGUCGUCCAUGGUUCAGCAGCACGAGAUGUUGCCCGACAUUUCAUCCAGCGCUGGAAUUUUACCAAGACUAUCAAGGCCAAGUACAAGAUCCCUCUAUUCCCCUAUCUGCUGCCCAAGUCACAUAGCACAGCCAACCAGUUACCAUUCACCCUUCCUGGAGGGCAGUGUGCCACUGUACAGAUCCUUAGAUCAGUGGACCGAUGGUCAGCAGGGACCUCUGAGAGCUCCAUCCUCAAUGCAUACUUACAUACUAUCCGGGAGAGCUGCCACUUCCUCUACAUUGAGAAUCAAUUCUUCAUCAGCUGCUCAGAUGGACGGACAGUUCUGAACACAGUGGGAGAUGCUAUUGUGGAGAGGAUUCUGAGAGCCCACAAGCAACAGCAGCGGUUUCGGGUAUAUGUGCUGCUCCCCCUGCUUCCUGGGUUUGAAGGUGAUAUCUCCACAGGCGGUGGAAAUGCUAUCCAGGCAAUUCUGCACUUUACCUACAGGACUCUCUGUCGUGGUGAAUAUUCAAUCCUGCAUCGACUCAAAGCUGCCAUGGGUACAUCGUGGCAAAACUAUGUGUCAGUGUGUGGGCUCCGAACCCAUGGAGAGCUGAAUGGAAAGCUAAUGUCUGAGCUCAUCUACAUCCACAGCAAGUUGCUCAUUGCGGAUGACAGGACAGUCAUCAUCGGUUCAGCAAACAUCAAUGACCGGAGCCUCCUGGGGAAGCGAGACAGUGAAAUAGCAAUAUUGAUUGAAGACACUGAAAUGGAACCAUCACUUAUGGAUGGAAAAGAAUAUCAGGCUGGGAGGUUUGCCCUCAGUCUCCGGAAACACUGCUUCAGCACCAUUCUGGGGUCAGAGUCCCAACCUGAACUGGAUCUCCAGGAUCCUGUCUGUGACACCUUCUUCCAACUGUGGCAGAAGACAGCUGAGAGAAAUGCCAGCAUCUAUGAGCAGAUUUUUCGUUGCCUGCCAUCUAACGCAACUCGAUCACUUCGGGUGUUACGGGAAUAUGGAAGUGUGGAGCCUCUGGCCACUGUUAGCCCUGAGAUAGCCAGUUCAGAACUUACUCAGAUUCAAGGCUAUCUUGUCCACUUUCCUCUCAAAUUCCUAGAAGAUGAGUCACUGUUGCCUCCACUGGGUAGCAAGGAGGGUGUCAUACCCCUCGAAGUAUGGACAUAGCCCAGAAUCCCUUUUAUGAGAGGGCUAGUAAGAGAAUUAUGAGAAACCAAAUUCUGUACCUGGCACCUUUCCUUUCUCUCUCUUCAUAUCCAAAUUGAGGACAGAUUGUUCAUAAAUAGGGGGGAUGCACAAAAGGGAUUCGAUUUCCAGAAGAGAAGGGAAGAUAUGUCUAAGUUGGGAAGGCAGGAGACUUGGAUUCUCUGGUUCUAGCUCUGAAAUUGACUAGCCAUGUGUUCUGGGACAAGAAAAUCACUUGCCUUUUCUAGGCCUUAAGUUACUUUCUUCAUUUCUCAUUGGGAUGAAGAGAUGAACUCUGACAUUCUUGGAACCUUGAUUCAUCCCAGGAACAAUAGAGGAGAGGGUUGUGGGAUAGGGUGGAAAUGAUGCAGAAAUGCUGCUCUCCUACCCUAGUGAUCUCCUGAUUUUCUCAGUCUCCUGAAUCAAAUUUAAAUCCCUGAUACUGAGGAUAAAGCUACAGUUGAUCAGUCCUCUCUUAUUCCCCUAGCUCUGAUCAUUUAUUGCCAGGGUUUCAGAAUUCUGACCCCCAUUAAUUCCCUGGUUUAUCCCACAACUAGGGCCGCAAAAACUUACCAUUGCCUGCUUGCAGACACUGAGCAUUUGGAUACUUUAUGUCAAUUGUGUGAUUGUAUAAAUAAAAGUGUUUUUUAGAGUAA